AUGGCUGGCCGUGUGCUGCUGGUGUGUGCUCUCUGCGUGCUGUGGUGCGGUGCCGGCGGUGGCUACGCUGAGGAUGUCGAUGUUGUUUCUGGUGAUCCCGGAACUCGUGGCGAACGUGGAGGUGGAACUGUCGGUCAAACUCCUCCCGCAGAUGGGAGUAAUGGUGGCAGUGGAGGUUCAAAGGCUGAUAUUCCUCAUGGAAGUGAAAGUGAGCCUUUGGAUUCUGCUUCUGAUGAAGAAUCAUCAUCUCUCGAUAUUGAUCAGGAAGUGGGUCCGAAUCCGCCUGAGGAAAAUGUACCCCAAAAAGAAGUGGACCACAUACGAAAACAGGAUCACUCAGAAUCAGGGCCUCAAGAGGCAUUGCCGCCUGAUGUGAAUGGAACAGUGACACUUGAUUCUGAUGCACAAUUACAGUUGUCCGAUACAAAAAAAAACAAAAAAAAAACAAAAGUUCUUACUGAUGUCGUUGGCGGUGAAAUUGCGGACGGGGGAAAAGACAGUACUGGCCGCAAUAACGGGUUGUCCCCUAAUAAAAACUACCCCCAACCACUGCUAAAACAAAGAAUCAAACAAGUAUUACCACCAAAGGAACCUUCACCACCACCAGCAGAUAUAUCACCGGCGCCACAAGAAGUUCCUACGGUAGUAUCACCAACAGAGCGGUCACCAGCAAUAACCGUUUCAGCAGGAGAAACAAACCCAACAGCAUCAACAGACUCACAGAAUACAACAGAAACAACAACCAUGACGUCACCGUCAAACGCUGAAACGGCGCCUGAAGCAGAGGAAAAACCUUUAGGAAAUGGUGAGCCAAGCCAAAACAGAAAAGACACGGACACACCAGAUUCGAUGAAUGAUUCAAAUACAAGUCGUCCAGCGGAAACAGCAGCGUCAUCUGUAUCUAAAAGUGGCAGUGGUGGAGCUCAAAACAAGGAGGACAAGGUUGAUAACGGCGCUCAACGGCCUAACAGCAGAGAACCACAAGACGGAAUCGAAGGUGGUAAUACCAACAACACUCCCACAUCCACUGAGACAGCACCACAAAAGGCAGAAACAGUCAACAACUAUCAAACAAAUGAUACAUCUAAAUCUCGCGACAGUGACAGCAGCAAUGUGGUCUCCCACGCCACCUCCCCUCUUUUGCUUCUUCUUCUUGUUGUUGUGUGUGCGGCUGCGGCUGCGGCGGUGGUGGCCGCGUGA